GAGUGACCCGGAAGCGGUUGUGCGGCGCCUCCGCGCGACCCUGCUCUCUUUUCCGUUCGGCGUGGUUUCGAGUGGAGCGGCUCCGCUGGGCCCGGGCUUCACCAUGAGCGUCCCGGCCUUCAUCGACAUCAGUGAGGAGGACCAGGCUGCCGAGCUCCGUGCGUACCUGAAAUCCAAGGGAGCCGAGAUUUCCGAAGAGAACUCGGAAGGGGGGCUCCACGUGGACUUGGCACAGAUCAUCGAAGCCUGCGACAUGUGUCUGAAGGAAGACGACAAAGAUGUUGAAAGUGUGAUGAACAGCGUGGUGUCCCUCCUCUUGAUCCUGGAACCAGACAAGCAGGAAGCGUUGAUUGAAAGCCUCUGCGAAAAGUUGGUCAAAUUCCGCGAAGGUGAACGUCCAUCUCUGAGAUUGCAGCUGCUGAGCAACCUUUUCCACGGGAUGGAUAAGAACACUCCCGUGAGGUACACUGUGUACUGCAGCCUGAUCAAAGUGGCCGCAUCGUGUGGGGCCAUCCAGUACAUCCCCACAGAGCUGGACCAGGUUAGAAAAUGGAUUUCUGACUGGAAUCUCACCACUGAAAAGAAGCAUACCCUUUUACGCUUGCUUUACGAGGCACUUGUGGAUUGCAAGAAAAGUGAUGCUGCUUCAAAAGUGAUGGUGGAGUUGCUUGGAAGCUACACAGAGGACAAUGCUUCCCAGGCUCGUGUUGAUGCCCACAGGUGCAUUGUCCGAGCCUUGAAAGACCCAAAUGCUUUCCUCUUUGACCACCUGCUCACCCUCAAGCCGGUCAAGUUUCUGGAAGGCGAGCUUAUUCAUGAUCUUUUAACCAUUUUUGUGAGUGCUAAAUUGGCAUCAUAUGUCAAGUUUUAUCAGAAUAAUAAAGACUUCAUUGACUCACUUGGCCUAUUACAUGAACAGAAUAUGGCAAAAAUGAGACUACUUACUUUUAUGGGAAUGGCCGUGGAAAAUAAAGAAAUUUCUUUUGAUACAAUGCAGCAAGAACUUCAGAUUGGAGCCGAUGAUGUUGAAGCAUUUGUUAUUGACGCGGUAAGAACUAAAAUGGUCUACUGCAAAAUUGAUCAGACCCAGAGAAAAGUCGUAGUCAGUUGUUCAGAGAAUAGAAGGUUUAGGAUCAGUUUGUCACAGUACACACCGGACAUUUGGAAAACAGCAAUGGCAACAACUGUAUGACACACUUAAUGCCUGGAAGCAAAACCUGAACAAAGUGAAAAACAGCCUUUUGAGUCUUUCUGAUACCUGAAUUUCUAUGCAUAUAAAUUUGUCCUUUUGGGGGAAAAAAAGACCCUAAAUCAUAGUAAAUCAUUACGAACUUAAAAAAAAA